AUGACCGGCUCGGCUGCUGACACUCACCGCUGCCCCCACCCCAAAGGCGCCAAAGUCACCCGCUCCCGGAGCAGCCACGCGCGGCCCGUGAGCCUCCCCACCAGCGGGGGCUCAGAGGAGGAGGACAAAGACGGCGGGGUGCUAUUUCACGUUAACAAGAGUGGCUUCCCCAUCGACAGCCACACCUGGGAGCGCAUGUGGAUGCACGUGGCCAAGGUGCACCCCAAGGGGGGAGAAAUGGUGGGUGCCAUCAGGAAUGCCGCCUUCUUGGCAAAGCCUACAAUACCCCAGGUUCCAAACUACAGGCUUUCAAUGACGAUUCCAGACUGGCUCCAGGCAAUCCAGAACUACAUGAAGACGCUACAAUACAAUCAUACAGGGACCCAGUUCUUUGAAAUUAGGAAAAUGAGACCAUUGAGUGGGUUGAUGGAAACAGCAAAAGAAAUGACUCGAGAGUCCUUGCCUAUCAAAUGCCUUGAAGCUGUCAUCCUGGGCAUAUACUUAACCAAUGGACAGCCUUCCAUCGAGCGAUUCCCCAUCAGCUUUAAAACCUACUUCUCAGGAAACUACUUUCACCAUGUUGUGCUGGGGAUUUAUUGCAAUGGCCGCUAUGGCUCGCUGGGCAUGAGCCGAAGGGCUGAGCUGAUGGACAAGCCGUUGACCUUUCGGACUCUGAGUGACCUCAUCUUUGACUUUGAAGACUCCUAUAAGAAAUAUCUGCACACAGUCAAGAAGGUCAAGAUUGGGCUGUAUGUUUCCCAUGAGCCUCACAGCUUCCAGCCCAUUGAGUGGAAGCAACUGGUCCUCAAUGUCUCAAAGAUGUUGAGGGCAGACAUAAGGAAGGAGCUGGAGAAAUAUGCCAGGGACAUGAGAAUGAAGAUCCUGAAGCCUGCAAGUGCCCACUCCCCAACCCAGGUGAGGAGCCGUGGAAAAUCCCUGUCCCCCCGAAGAAGACAGGCAAGCCCCCCAAGGCGGCUCGGCAGGCGAGACAAGUCGCCUGCACUGCCUGAAAAGAAGGGGGCUGAUCUCAGCACUCUGAAUGAAGUGGGCUAUCAAAUCCGAAUUUAGGCAAGCCGCCCAGCUGGCAAGAGGGCUUCUAUGGUGCUUCUCUCUGCACUUUACCCAGCAUCUUCAGGAGGAACUGCAACUAUUUAUUAAGAACUUGUGACUUUUAUUUUUAAGGAUUUGCUUAGAAAUAGAAUCUGAGUGGGUGUUAACUUUAAAAAAUUCACCAAGGGGCAACCAUGAAAAGACUAACCCCUGUUUCCGGGGAUGUAGUGUCACUCACUGCGGAUAGAAGGAUACCAUUAACUGUAGUUUUAUGUUUUUCCAUUUACCUACUUCUACUUGCUUUGAACAUUGUACUUCACCAGUAGUAAAUGUUCAUGAAAUCCUCCCUUUCACUUUUGAUAUGGUAAGGUAACUCAAUCAGUGUUUAUGUCUUUUUUUAGCAAUAACAGAGGCAAAGAUUGGUGGGAUUUUUUUUAAGCAGUCAAGAUUACCUCAGCAUCAUGACAUCAGAUAUGCAAACUUACUGUUUUGUUUUUUUUAUAUUCUAUUUGUAUUGUUUCUUUAAUAUUUCCAGUGGGGAUCUCCACAAAGUUUGGGAUUUUUUUCCUGGUGCACACAUGUGAUGAGUUUUAAGGUAUUGUGUCAGGUGUUUUUCUAAAAAGCACUGACAAUUCUGGCAAUAUGGGAAACUAUUUCCAGGACCUUGAAGUUCUUUCUUUCUUAGUCUUUCUUGAAGUAUUCACUGACAGCAGUUUUUAUUUCAAAAGAACAAAAGCACGUGCAGAAGCUAGUCUAUGUUCUGUCACAAACAUAAACUUUGCAGACUCCAGCACAGGAGGACGUGGGCUGUUACAAUAACUCCGCAGUAUUGCAGUUACCUCUGACAGUAACAUUCAGAAAUGCAUGGGGCAGGAGUGAACUCGUAGGUCUUGAGAACCAGAUAACCUUUCUGUUCACAUUUCACCUGACUUUUAAACUUUUAAGUCAGGCUUUGAUUCUGAAGGACUCACUGUUAUUAGAUGUGUUCUGAUGUCUUAUAUUAAGACUAAAUGUGGCACUAUGUGGUUUUUUCCAGUGCCUUGAUUUUAGGUACCACUUCAUGCCGUAUAGGAACUGGUGCUGGAAAAUGCAACGAAUUAAGAGAAGCAGAACCUUUCUUUAAUAAUGGAGAUGUCUUUAGGUACAGUGUUAUACCUUAUAGUGUGAUUUAGUCCAAGCACAGUGAAAAUCUGGCCUACAUAUGGUAGUUACAGUGUAACUUCUGGAUGCAGACCACACAGAAUAACUCUUAACAGCAUUCCAAAUCUGUAGGCGAUAAAAAAAAAAUACAGCUAUUUCAUUUGUUUUAUCUUAGCAACCAUGCCAACUCAUGAGUCCAAAAAGUGUAUGUAAGAUGUAAGGGAAGACACUUAACAGUGAUUCCAGUCUCAGGGCUUCCUCUCUGGCUUUGACCGAAGGUGAUUUUAGGAAGGAAGUGGAAAAAAUAAGAAUCUGCGAUUCUUUACCAUUAAGACCUCUGAGGGAGACGUGGAAGGCAAAAGAACUUACUUCAUCCUUUAGCCAUGUGCACAUGAGCUCACUUCACCUAAACAUUAAUGUCAUUAAUGCAAAGUACUGUUUUCUUAAAAAAGGAAGUCUAGUGGACUUUACAUGGAAAAACCAAGUAUGCAUACCUCUCAAUUAGACUAAAAACAGCAUUAAGUCAAAAAUUCUGAACUUAAAUCACUUUAAGAAUACUAUUCUUAACAGUUUAAAAUGAGUCAUCUUUGUAUACCUUAACAAGGCAAACCCAUUUGCAGCUUCAUGACCAUGUAUAUUAGGUGUCUGGAGUAGUCAGUGAAUCAUUUCAUUCUCAUUCAGAAACAAUACUUAGUUUUCCCUUUACUGAGACCUAAGAUAUAUGUGUAUAUAUAUAUGAGAUAUAUAUAUAUAUAUAUAUAUCUUUAUCAAUAUGAAACUUUUAUUAUAUCCAGCAGACUACUUAUAACAUUACAGUCAUUCUAAGAGCUUGAAAUAUGACUUUCCAAUAUUACUUAGGUACUGUCCCAUCUAAAAUACAAAAUGUCAAUAGUUGCAUAGCCUCGUUUCUCACAGAAAAGGGGAAAAUAACAGGAAUACAAAUUUUUUCUAACAUGCUGAUGUAUAAGCCUUAAAACUGCCAACUGGCUUGAUGAUUCAUUAGUAACCUAGUUUUUUCUACACUCACUUACUGAUUUUAAUAUUCAUUUCCCCAAAGCAAGAAUUUGUUACAGAAACAUGAAAAUUGUAAAUGUUCUCUGUUGUCAUUCUAUUUUUAUUGCCUGUGGAGCAUGUUAAUUUCUAAAAGAUAGGGGAAAGGCACCACACUCCUAAAUUUGAGUGCAGUAACAUAAUUUAAAUAUUAAGACAAGGAAAAAAAAUGACCUGAUUUACCCCCUACCCCCAAAAAUUAUUUUAAAACUGACUAUAAUUCAAAAGAUAAAAACUAAAACUGAAGUUUUUUUUAAAAGUCACUAAUAUCAAAGAAAUUUUAUGCUUAAGCCAUCUAGCAAUAUAUGCAAAGUUUAAAUGAGUGACAGAAAUCUUGAUUUUAGGCUACACGUGCUGGUUUGAGUACACUUUAUUUCAGAAAGUGAUAUUUAGUAUUUUCUAUACACUCUGAAAUCAUGAGCAUUUCACUUUUUCUAAUCAAUUAUUUCAUAAGGAUUUUAUUAAUAGAUAUUGGUAAAUAGAACUUUGGAAAUCUUAAUUCAGUAUUCUUACUAUACCCGAGGCUUUUGUAAUCUAUAGUUUUAUGUACAACCUUGUACAGUUUUUUGACACGAUUCAGAAUCUUGUUUAUUCUCUUGGACUUUGUUCUGGCCAAUACAUCUUUUUUUUAACUUUAAGCAAAACUGUGAUUGUUUUAGUGGGUAUUUUUCUAAGUAAAUGAAAACUUGUAUAAUGGUAUUUUAAAGAAUGCCAGAUAAGUGCAUGUUUCAAGUUAAUGUUUUUCUCAUCACUUGUAUGUUUAUACACAGCAGCAUGGGUCUUUAAUAAAACCAUCUUGGAAACUUAA